AUGGCGGCGGUGGCGAUUGCGGCGACAAAAGUUCAGGCGUACAGCGCUCAGGCGCCUGUCGUCUUUCGUCUUUUCCAAAAGCUGCUCGCUCGAACCGCGGCCGACUCUGCCACCGCGCGGCCGCAGCUGCUGAGCACUCCAGAAAACUGGUGCCUCAUAUGCUGCCUCCCUGCGGAUGCUGCCGGCGAGCCUGGCGGUCCGCUGUACUACAAGGAAGUGCUGACUCGAUUCUACCUCGAAUUCUUCUACCCCCACGACUCGGAACACGAAUGCAUUCGUGGCAUCCUAUGGGUCGUCCAGAGUAUCGACCUCUGGCGAGUCAGCCAGUCACUUGAUGACACCAUGAAGUACAGCGAUCGCCACCUCGCUGGCCUCUCCGCAGGCCCCCCCGACCGCGUCGAACUCAUCGGCGCGGGCUCUCUCGGCUACGGGACCGGCCCCAGCUUCGGCUGA